CGCUGUCAUCUUCUUCGUCUCUCUUCGCGUUCUCAACUCCCACCACCCCCGCUCUGAGUUCGCCCCACCGCGCUCGAAGGCGAGUGGAGCACUCGGUAGCGGGGUUAAUUUUUCCGAAAGAAUCGAUUCAAAUCGCGCGUUCUUGAACCCUAGGGUUUCUGAUCGAGAGGAUACGUACCUGUUUCGGUUGAUCUAUGAGGCAGUAGAGAGGGAGCGGCGGGGAGAGAUCGUCGUCGUCGUUGCUGCUGCGGGGCCGAGGAGGAGGAGGAGAGGUGACAAUGGCGGCGGGAGCGGAGGCGCCGGCGCCGGCGCCGGCGUCGGAAGCGGGGCAGAGCUCCGCCGCUGCCGCGGCGGCGGCGGGGAUGUCGGGGCCGCAGGGGCUGACGCGGCGGCCGUCGCGGAGCGCGGCGAUGGCGACGUUCUCCAUGGAGGUGUUCGACAACGAGGUCGUGCCCUCCUCGCUCAGCAGCAUCGCCCCCAUCCUCCGCGUCGCCGCCGAGAUCGAGCCCGAGCGCCCCCGCGUCGCCUACCUCUGUCGAUUCUACGCUUUCGAGAAGGCGCAUCGCCUCGAUCCGAGCUCAAGCGGACGUGGAGUUCGCCAGUUUAAGACCGCUCUCCUACAGCGCCUCGAGCGAGAUAAUACGCCGAGCCUUGCGAAGAGGGUAAAGAAGAGUGAUGCGCGGGAAAUUGAGAGCUUUUAUCAGCAGUACUAUGAGCACUAUGUUCGUGCUCUCGAUAAAGGCCAACAAGCUGAUAGAGCCCAGCUUGGGAAAGCCUACCAGACUGCUGGAGUUCUUUUUGAAGUGCUAUGCGCAGUUAAUAAGACCGAGAAAGUUGAAGAGGUCGCUCCGGAGAUUAUUGCUGCUGCCAGAGAUGUGCAAGAAAAGAAGGAAAUUUAUGUUCCUUACAACAUUCUUCCUCUUGAUGCUGCCGGUGCUUCACAGUCCAUCAUGCAACUUGAGGAGGUGAAAGCAGCAGUUGCUGCCCUGAGGAACACGCGAGGUUUGAACUGGCCAUCUUCCUUUGAGCAGCAAAGGCAAAAGACAGGAGACCUGGAUCUGCUUGAUUGGUUGAGGGCGAUGUUUGGGUUUCAGAGGGACAGUGUCAGGAAUCAAAGGGAGCAUUUGAUCCUACUGUUAUCUAAUGUUCAUAUAAGACUAACACCGAAGCCCGAACCUCUUAAUAAGCUGGAUGAGCGAGCUGUUGAUGCUGUGAUGAAUAAGCUUUUCAAGAAUUACAAAACAUGGUGUAAAUUCUUAGGGCGCAAACACAGUUUAAGACUCCCUCAAGGUGCACAACCACAAGAAGUCCAGCAGAGAAAGAUUCUCUAUAUGGGUCUCUUUCUUCUUGUUUGGGGUGAAGCAGCCAACGUUCGGUUUAUGCCUGAAUGCCUGUGCUACAUCUUUCAUAAUAUGGCAUAUGAGCUACAUGGUCUGCUUGCUGGCAAUGUAAGCGUUGUGACCGGAGAAAACAUUAGACCUUCAUAUGGGGGAGAUGACGAGGCUUUCUUGAAGAAAGUGAUUACUCCAAUUUAUCGUGUUAUAGAGAGGGAAGCAAGCAAAAGCAAAAAUGGAAAAGCUCCACAUUCAGCAUGGUGUAAUUAUGAUGAUCUAAAUGAGUACUUCUGGACAUCUGAUUGUUUCUCUUUGGGAUGGCCUAUGCGUGAUGAUGGUGAUUUUUUUAAAUCAGUACACGAUUCAAGGUCAAUAUCGCUGGCUGGACGCUCAUCUCAAAGAACUAGUAAAAGCACCGGGAAGUCAAAUUUUGUUGAGACCAGAACAUUUUGGCACAUUUUCCGAAGCUUUGACCGUAUGUGGACCUUUUAUAUAUUGGCACUGCAGGCAAUGGUGGUCGUUGCUUGGAGUGGCUAUCCACUAGAGGAAAUCUUUCAAAAAGAUAUCUGGUAUUCUGUGUCUAGCAUUUUCAUUACAGCAGCAUUUCUUCGGUUCCUCCAAAGCAUUCUGGACCUUGUUCUGAACUUCCCUGGCUAUCAUAGAUGGAAAUUCACUAAUGUUCUGCGAAAUAUACUCAAGACACUAGUUAGUGCUGCCUGGGCUGCUAUCCUUCCUCUUUGUUACCUUAAUACUGCAGAAAAAGUAAAUUUACCAGUGAAAGAUCUGGCGAAAUGGCUUGGUCAAGUGAAAGGAGUGCCGCCUUUAUAUAUCAUGGCUGUAGCAGUGUACUUGCUCCCAAAUUUGCUAGCAGGAAUACUAUUUAUUUUUCCAAUGCUUCGGAGAUGGAUCGAAAACUCUGAUUGGCACAUCAUUAGAUUCCUCCUAUGGUGGUCUCAGCCACGAAUUUAUGUUGGACGGGGUAUGCAUGAAAGUCAGUUUGCCCUUUUCAAGUAUACAUUGUUUUGGGUAUUGCUUUUGUGCUCCAAAUUCGCAUUCAGUUAUUUUGUCCAGAUUAAACCUCUGAUUAAGCCAACAAAGGAUAUAAUGGAUGUUCACAAUAUUCAAUAUGCCUGGCACGAGUUUUUCCCGAAUGCCCAACACAAUAUUGGUGCUAUUGUCUCCCUCUGGGCGCCUGUGAUUUUGGUCUAUUUUAUGGAUACACAGAUUUGGUAUUCAAUUUUCUCUACCCUGUAUGGUGGUGUUUAUGGAGCAUUUGGCCGACUUGGAGAGAUACGGACGCUAGGCAUGCUGAGAUCACGAUUUCAUUCUUUACUCGGAGCCUUCAAUACAUAUCUGGUGCCAUCCGAAAAGACCCGCAACAGGGGCUUUUCACUCUCAAAACGUUUUGCUGAGGUUUCUCCAAACAAGAGAACUGAAGCUGCAAAGUUUGCUCAGUUGUGGAAUGAAGUGAUUUGCAGCUUCCGAGAGGAAGACCUGAUAAGCGACAGGGAGAUGGAUCUUUUGUUAGUUCCUUACUCUUCAGAUCCUAGCCUGAAGUUAAUACAAUGGCCGCCCUUCUUGCUAGCCAGCAAGAUUCCCAUAGCUCUGGACAUGGCAGCUCAAUUUCGAACAAGGGACUAUGAUCUUUGGAAACGAAUAUGUGCUGAUGAGUAUAUGAAAUGUGCUGUACUAGAAUGUUACGAGUCUUUUAAACUUGUUCUUAAUGUACUGGUGGUUGGAGAAAAUGAGAAAAGGAUUAUUGGUAUUAUUAUCAAAGAAAUUGAAGCCAACAUUGCAAAGAGCACGUUUCUUGCCAAUUUUAGAAUGAGCGCCUUACAAGUCCUGUGCAAGAAAUUUGUGGAGCUUGUGUCCAUCUUGAAAGAAGGAGAUGCUUCUAUGCGUGACACUGUGGUCCUAUUGCUGCAAGACAUGCUAGAGGUGGUUACUAGAGAUAUGAUGGUUAAUGAGAUUCGGGAGUUGGUUGAGCUUGGCCAUGGUAGCAAGGAUUCAGUCCCCCGAAGACAACUUUUUGCUGGUACUGGUUCAAAGGCUGCUAUAGUGUUUCCCCCUGUAGUUACAGCUCAAUGGGAAGAACAGAUCAAACGCCUGUACCUGCUGUUGACUGUAAAAGAAUCAGCAAUAGAUGUGCCUACGAAUCUUGAAGCUCGGCGGAGGAUAGCGUUUUUCACGAAUUCAUUAUUCAUGGACAUGCCACGUGCACCUCGAGUUCGCAAAAUGCUAUCAUUCAGUGUCAUGACCCCUUACUAUAGUGAGGAGACUGUCUAUUCCAGAAAUGAUCUUGAUUUGGAGAAUGAAGAUGGUGUAUCAAUCAUCUUUUACCUUCAAAAGAUCUUUCCAGAUGAAUGGAACAACUUCAUGGAGAGAAUUAACUGCAAGAGAGAGAGUGAAGUUUGGGCUAAUGAGGAGAAUGUCUUACAACUUCGCCAUUGGGCCUCCCUUAGGGGACAGACACUCUGUAGAACAGUUAGGGGCAUGAUGUACUACCGAAGAGCUUUAAAACUUCAGGCUUUUCUUGACAUGGCUUCUGAAAGUGAAAUAUUAGAAGGAUAUAAAGCAGUUGCUGAUCCAGAAGAGGAAGAGAAGAAGAGCCAAAGAUCACUAUCUGCUCAACUUGAGGCCAUAGCUGACAUGAAAUUUACAUAUGUUGCCACAUGCCAAAUUUAUGGCAAUCAAAAACAGUCUGGAGAUCGUCGUGCAACAGACAUUUUGAACUUGAUGGUCAACUAUCCUUCUCUUCGGGUAGCCUAUAUUGAUGAAGUUGAAGAAAGAGAUGGUGACAAGGUACAGAAGGUCUACUAUUCUGUGUUGGUGAAAGCUGUUGACAAUCGUGAUCAGGAAAUAUACCGGAUAAAAUUACCAGGAUCAGCAAAAGUAGGUGAAGGGAAGCCCGAAAACCAAAACCAUGCAAUAAUCUUUACUCGUGGUGAGGCACUUCAGACAAUUGAUAUGAAUCAGGACAAUUAUCUGGAAGAGGCUCUAAAAAUGCGGAAUCUCCUGGAAGAAUUUAAUGAAGACCAUGGAGUGCGUCAGCCUACCAUUCUUGGUGUUCGUGAACAUAUAUUCACAGGAGGUGUAUCAUCUCUGGCAUGGUUCAUGUCAAACCAGGAAACCAGCUUUGUGACUAUUGGACAGAGAGUCCUCGCUAGCCCAUUGAAGAUUCGGUUUCACUACGGUCAUCCAGAUGUGUUUGAUAGGAUCUUUCAUAUCACAAGGGGUGGCAUUAGCAAGGCUUCACGUGGAAUCAAUCUAAGCGAGGAUAUAUUUGCAGGUUUCAACUCGACGCUAAGGCGUGGAAAUGUCACACACCAUGAGUACAUCCAGGUGGGCAAAGGCCGUGAUGUUGGCCUCAACCAAAUUUCGCUCUUUGAAGCGAAAGUGGCCUGCGGCAAUGGAGAGCAAAUACUAAGUAGAGAUAUCUAUCGUUUGGGUCAUCGCUUUGACUUCUUCCGAAUGCUAUCAUGCUACUUUACAACCGUUGGAUUCUACAUCAGCUCAAUGAUGGUUGUCAUUAUUGUUUACCUAUUCCUAUACGGAAGGCUCUACUUAUCAUUGAGCGGAUUGGAAAGUGCGAUAAUGAAGCAAGCGAGGAAAAGGGGCAACGUUGCUCUUGAGGCGGCCAUGGCGUCCCAAUCAGUUGUCCAGAUGGGUCUACUAAUGGCCCUACCUAUGUUUAUGGAGAUUGGGCUUGAAAGAGGGUUCAGAUCUGCCUUGGGAGACUUCGUCAUCAUGCAGCUCCAGCUCUGCUCGGUGUUCUUCACCUUCUCCCUCGGAACAAAGUCUCACUACUUUGGACGGACUGUCUUACAUGGCGGUGCAAAGUACAGAGCCACAGGACGAGGCUUUGUGGUCCGGCACGUGAAGUUUGCAGAGAACUAUAGAAUGUAUUCAAGAAGCCAUUUCGUCAAGGGGAUUGAACUGAUGGUACUGCUUAUAGUUUAUGAGAUAUACGGUGCCUCCGCCACAGAUUCAACCUCCUAUAUACUGCUUACAUUCUCGAUGUGGUUCUUGGUGGCCACGUGGCUGUUCGCUCCAUUCCUUUUCAACCCGUCAGGUUUCGAGUGGCAGAAGAUAGUUGAGGAUUGGGAUGAUUGGACGAAAUGGAUAAGCAGUCGGGGUGGGAUUGGUGUGCCGGCGAACAAGAGCUGGGAGUCAUGGUGGGACGAGGAGCAGGAGCACUUGCAGUCCACAGGGUUCUUGGGACGUUUCUGGGAGAUUGUCCUCUCGCUGCGUUUCUUCCUGUUCCAGUAUGGUAUUGUGUAUCGCCUGCAUAUCUCCAAUGGCAACAAAAGCAUCAUGGUUUAUGGUCUUUCAUGGCUGGUGAUUGUUGCAGUGAUGCUAGUUUUGAAGGUGGUGUCCAUGGGCAGGAAGAAGUUCAGUGCCGAUUUCCAGCUAAUGUUCCGGCUUCUCAAGCUGUUCUUGUUCAUCGGAUCUGUCGGAACUCUGGGCAUCCUCUUCACUCUUCUUAAUCUAACCAUAAGCGACAUCUUUGCCAGCUUCCUAGCAUUUGUACCCACAGGAUGGGCUCUUCUACAGAUAACGCAAGCAUGCAGGCCAGCUAUCAAGGCGUUUGGCCUGUGGGGGUCAGUCAAGGCGCUGGCAAGGGGUUACGAGUACAUAAUGGGGCUGGUGAUCUUCGCCCCAGUCGCGGUGCUGGCAUGGUUCCCCUUCGUCUCCGAGUUCCAGACGCGGCUGCUGUUCAACCAGGCCUUCAGCCGAGGCCUGCAGAUCUCCCGUAUCCUCGCCGGCGGGAAGAAGCGGAACUGAGCACGGAGAGCGGAGAAACCCGAGUGAGAGACCCCCCGGAGAAAACGGAAGAGAGAAGAGAGAUAUGCACUGAGGGCCGCUGCGGAGGAGAGACUUCUUCCUCUCCUAAUUUUGGUCGUGGUCAAAAUGUAGUAAAAGCAUUUUUUUUACUUUCCUGCUGAUAGCUUGAGUGGUUAUAGCAUUGUGGCCUUCUGCUGUAGUCUUUCAUUCCUUGCUCCUUGUUGUUUGCUUGUGAUCUUUUGUAACACCACUACAAAAUAUUAAAAGGGGAUAUCAAUUUGAUAUCUGUCUGAUAAAUAAAAAUACCUAU